UGCACCUUAUCUUCUUCAGUUCUUGCAGCAGCAGCAGCAGCAAUGCCCGACCCAAACUCAGCACAAGAGCCCGGAAAUGACACGAACCCAGAUGACGUAUUCCCAGAAGAAGAGCCAGAAGAGGAAGAAGAACCCGAGGAAGAAUCCUCCUCUGACUCGGACUCCGAGUCCGAACCCGAAAUAUACACCCGCCCGGGGAGGCCGUUAGACUUAGACGAUGAAGAAAACAACACUCCGGAAGCUAACAUUAAGAGGUAUAAAGUCUUGAAUUCGAAGAGGUUAAGAAGACAGCAAAAAGAGGAGGAAGAAGACAUAGUGUACCACGAAGACCUCUUCGAUUUUCCCAAGGAUAAAGAAAAUUGGACUGAGGAAGACUUGAAGGAGCUUUCUGAUGCUCCUGUGGAAAUGACCAAACCGGGGUGGGACCCCAAUUGGCUGAUGAAGAUGAGAUUGAAACUAUUAAGACAUGGUGAGCGAGGAAGAGACCCGCCAAUUGCGCCCUUUUACGUGCCUUAUAGGAAGCAUUUUCCUGUGAUACCUGAUGACCAUUAUGAUAUUUCCAAUCCCAAGGCCGCUAUUGAAGAGCUUGAUAGAAUUGAGGAGUUCUUGACUUGGGUUAGCUACAUUUUCCCCGAUGGCAGCUCGUAUGAAGGCACUGUAUGGGAUGACUUAGCACAUGGCAAAGGUGUUUACAUUGCUGAGGAUGAGCUAGUCAGGUAUGAAGGUGAAUGGCUUCAGAACAACAUGGAAGGUCAUGGUGUUGUUGAAGUUGAGAUACCUGGUAUAGAACCUGUGCCAGGGUCCAGGCUUGAAGCAAAGAUGCGAGCACAAGGGAAAAUAAUAAAAAGAGAUUAUAUGUCUCCAGAAGACAAAAAAUGGUUUGAAAUGGAUGUUGAGGAUACUAUGAAAUUAAUUGGUGGAAAUUAUGAUCCCUUUUAUGAGAGAGAUGAUUGGGUUAAACAAUUUGGAGCAAAACCGGAGAAAGGUCGGUACCGCUAUGCUGGUCAAUGGAAACAUGGUAGAAUGCAUGGUUGCGGUGUAUAUGAAGUUAAUGAGCGUACAAUAUUUGGCCGUUUUUAUUUUGGAGAACUAUUGGAGGGUACUUAUGGUUGUGACACCAAUAUAUCAGCUAUGCAUGCAGCCAUAGCAGAAGUAGCAGCGGCUAAAGCGAGGAUGUUUGUCAAUAAACCUGACGGAAGUAUAAGGAGAGGUCCAUAUAGUGAUCCUCAACAUCCCUAUUUAUAUGAAAAGAUAGUGUGGAUGGCACCAGGCUUCAUCAAUCAGUUUUAUGAAGUUCCUGAUUAUUGGAAAAUGUAUGUGCAUGAGGUGGAUGAAGAGAGGGAAAUGUGGCUGAACUCAUUCUAUAAAGCGCCACUGAGGUUGCCUAUGCCUGCUGAACUUGAAUUGUGGUCCAAGGAUGAGAAGCCAGAAUUUAUUUUGAUUAACAAAGAACCUGAGCCUGAUCCUGAGGAUCCGUCAAAACUCAUAUAUACUGAAGAUCUUAUCCUGCAUACACCAACUGGGAGGAUUAUCAACUAUAUUGAUGAAUGAGGAACAUGGUAUUCGACUUUUUGGCAACCUCCUCUCAAAGAAGGAGAAGAUGUUGACCCAGAAAAGGCUGAAUUCCUACCCCUUGGAUUUGACGAGUUCUAUGGACGAGAAGUCAAUGUCAAAGAAUCCUUUUUUAUGCGUCUUAUUACCUCCAUAGAGAAUGCAUGUACAAUUUUUGACAAACUGGAGAAAUGGACUGAGGAGCAGAAGAAAGCUAGUGAAGCUAAAAUUGAGCUACUACAACAAGAGAUUGAAUUAAAAGAAGCUGAGAUAUGUCUGAAAGAAGCCAUUGAUAUGGAUGAGGAAUUGAAGCGGAUGCAGAAAGAGGAGGAGAAAAAAGUUGAAUUAGUGCAAGAUGAUGAUGAUAUUUUACCAUCUGAACCAACAGAAGUUGAGACAAUUAAACCCAAACAAGAGGAAGAGGACGAGGAAGAUGAGGAGGAGGUGGACAACGAAGAAGAUAUAACUUCUUCCAGUUUUGGUACAGUUGGGGAUCAGGAUUCCAAAAAUGACCAGAAAGGAAAAGGAGCUGGAAAAUCUCCAUUUGCUGCUGCUUCCCUGUCAUUUGGUGUUUCUGGCUUCUUUCUGCUGUGA